AGCACUUUGUUUUGCAAACACAAGUUGCAUCGAAGAAAGUACGUUUUACCGUGAGAUGCAAAACUUUUUGAAUCAAAUUUUUAAGUUUUAAUAAGUUAUAAGUCGAGAUUACCCUAACAAUGGAAAGUAUAUCCAGCGUUUCUCUGAUGGCAUCAAUGACUCCUGACACGGCAUUGAAACUGUUCGAGAAUGGUGCAGUUCUGAUCAUUGCCGGCGUCCCACCGGGAACUGAGUUCGGAAUUGAUCAGUGGUCGUUUUUGGUCGGUGAGAAUUUCCGCGGUGUUAAAAUGAUCCCGGAAGGGGUUCACUUUGUGUACUGUGCAUCCCAGGGUCCGUAUGGGGACGUUGCACCUCGUGUGGGCUUUGUGCACUAUUUCCGGCGCGGCGAAAUAAUAGUCCGAGAAUGGGACAACGAGAAAGAGGAACUGAAGCCACGGGUUCACGACGACGUGGAAGGGGAAAUUGGUAGAAUACGGGAGAAUCUGAAGAAUCUUGAUAGAUACUUGGCACCAUACGACUAUGACGGACUUGCAAAAUGGAAGAAUCUAACCGGAAAUAUUACAGCGGAAACGGUUCAAAGGCAUUCUCCCGAUUGUGGAGUGAUUCGUAAUACUGUAGAACUGAUGUCGUGCCCUGAUGAAGAUCGUCCGAGAGGAGAUUCUCCAUUGUCGAUUGCUAACUCAUCGAGAUUGUCUAAAAUCCGUUCCCUGAUGAACGAAGAGGAGCUGCUGCCCAAUCUCAAGACGGUUCCAGGUUCGGCUCCCCACUUUACGACACUUCCCCCGCGCUGUCCGAAAGAUGCCAGCCCUGCUGAUAUUUCACUGCAUCAUAUGGAUUCUAUAGCAGCUAUCGAUCUGUUGUUUGAAAAUGGCCAAACGGAAGCCAUAUUCGAAGAAAUUCAGUUUUCCUUCAUCUUAUUUUUAUGCGGGCAUUCCGUUGAGUCGCUCAACCAUUGGAGGAAAAUUCUACUGCUUUUGAGUAAUUCAGAAAAGGCGAUAGAAAAGUAUCGCAGCUUCUACCGUAAUUAUCUGACCGCGCUUCAGUACCAGUUACCCGAGUUGCCAGUGGAGCUGAUGGAACAAACGGAGUCCAACAUGGUCUAUCAGGAUGUGAGAAGAUUGCUUCUGAACAGCUAUCAAGCGGGUAUCACUUCGGCAGCUGAAAGCCUGGAGAAAAGCUUGAGAGGUACGUUGCUUUGGAGGUUUGAGAAUUUGUUCGAGGAAGACCCAGAAGACUUACCAACUGUCGUGGAUGUAGAUUGAAUAAAUCGACAUAUAACAUAAA